UCGCCUUCCUGUAUAUGAAUUAUGAACAAAAUCAUGAGGGCUUCUUGAAAGUCUACCAGAGCUACUCCUAUGGACACAGACAAGAUGUCAAGGCAAGUUUUUUGUGCAUUUCUUAAGAAGGAAGGAUACAUGAGCCACAUGACAAGACUGUUACCGUGAGCAAGUGCACAUGUCUUUCUGUCUAGCCUUACUUCAGAGCCAUGACAAAAGCUGUGCUAACUAAAUUUCUCCUCCUCGUGAUCCUCACCUUCAUCAUCUGUAUCCCAGAAUUCUUCACAUUAUACAGAGUGUCAAAAGUGAACUUUCUCUGCUCUCCCUACCAACCCUGUGAACAAGGAAAUCAGGUAAAGAUGGAAGGAGAUGGGAGGCCUGGAAUUACUGACAACAAGGGAAAAGAUAUUUGCGCUCCUUCUUUAACUUUACAUGAUGAGAAGUGGAAGCGGAUCUGCACACAGGAGGAUAAAAACAGCUUAACAGAUUCAGCGCCAGAAACCUGGAGUGUUGGAGACGAUCCUAAAAUGAACUGGUUCAUGUGUGAUGCAGACAAUGAUAUGGAAGAAUUACUUAGCAGGAUCUCAUCUUCAGCUUUGUAUCUGGAGGUGUCAGUCAAGCUUCAGCUCAACCCCACAGAAACUCUGAAUCUCACUUUGUAUGGUCGCAGUAAUAACUCCUUGAACCUCCACCUACCUGAGGAGGAGGAAGGUGAAAUGGGUGAUGAUGAAAGACAGAAGGAGGCACUUUACUGCUGUUUCUCUCUCCUGCCCACAUCUGAAUCAACCAAUCAAAGCCAGUGUCUCCUUUGGUUUACCAAUCAAACAGUUUUGAAUGAAACAGCAAAGGAAAAGCUGCCAUGGAAACGGACACAGAACGAUGAGUGGCGGUGCAUGUUCAGGGUGAUCUGGCUGGCUCUGAUGUGUGUGGUGUUGUUGACUGUAGCUGCAACUUUGAUCAAAGAAAUCUACAGGGGAAAAUGUUGUAGCAAAAAAUGUAAGACACAACCCACCGAUUACAACUUUACAAGCCAGCAGAUAAAAGAUGGUGGCAAGCAAACGUAUAUCAGCACUUCUAAAGACACAGCUCAUAAAUCAUAUGGAUUUCAGUUCUGGUCACGACUGCCACCCAUUCAGGAAGCUGAAAGUCAAGAGGACAUAGAGACUCUGCCGGAUGGAAAUGUUGAUCACUCUUACACAGCUCAUUUGCAUCAUCGCAGCCACCCCCCUGCCUCACAGAGGAACAUGUCGGGUGUUGGAGAAGCAGCAGAAUGGUGUUAAGGAUCACAGAUAAAAAUGACCUACCAAGGUCCUUUCUGAUAAAAAUAAAAUAUCUGACCCAUCUGAAGCUUAAAUUAAGUUUAUUUUCAAUAGCUCAUCUUGAAACUAUCUUUAGGAACUUUAUUAGGAAACACUUCUGUAUUAAUAGACUGUCCAAAAGUAAAUAAAUUGCUUCACUUCCAA